AACCAAGGCACCGCCAACAUUUUUAAGCUAGCAAACAUUACCAUAUCAGGUCUCGUCAGGUUGAAAAACACCGUUCAAUGUUGGGUUGUAUAAAUUUGCCCAGUGGAGAUGGAUGAUGAGCUGGAGAACUUCAUCAGGGAGCGGAAGGCCAGAGUGGCUGAGGAUAAAGCCCGCUUAGAGCAAGACCCUCCUUACAUGGAAAUAAUGGCAAAACCCCACAGAUCCUAUGGGUCCACUAUUAAGGAGAACAUCCCUCCCAAGCUGAUAGCCCUGGGGAAAGAGGAGAACAGCAGUGUGGGUUUGCCUCUUGGUCUGGAGUACGAGAAGAAGAAACAGCGGCUGCAGCAUGAGCUCCGUAUGGACUACAGGCGCUACAUGGCUCAGAAACAUCACUUGGACCCUGUACAGCCCGGACCAUUAAUUCACCUUAAUAACAGGAGGUCUGUUAAGCAGCACCUCCUAGAAGGCCGAACAGGUGACCUCAAACAGCGACUCCCCUCGCGUAGGGAUGCAGGCACUCUGACAGAGGACAGCGGGGGAUUGCACAGGGCUCUGCGCCUUGCUGAGGAUGAGACUCUCUGCCCUGAGGAGGAUGAGGAGCAGUUGUUAGUACUUUCCAGGCAUCGCGACAGGCCGGGGAAGCCAGUGGACGAGGAGGUAGAGGAGGAGGAAUACACCAAGGAGGAAAUGGAGCUGAUGGAGGGCAGGAGGCGCAGACAUAUGGGGGUGGAGGCCAGUUAUGAGAAGAGACGAUCCAAUAAGACUGAUGACAGGGAGAAGAGAUAUAUUCCUUUAGGUUUUGCCCGAGAAGGCAGGAGAUCAAGAGCACUGACCAAAAAUGAAGACGCUGAGUUUGCUACUGGCCUUAUAAUUGGAGCGGCUGAUACAGAUGAGGCUUUACAGAGGAGGAAAGAGAGCUACAGACAGGAGCUACAGGAGCAGAUAGCUGAACAGCACAGAAACAAAAAAAGGGAGAAAGAUUUGGAGCUGAGAGUUGCUGCAACAGGAGCAAAUGAUCCUGAGAAACAGCCGGACCGAAUCAGACAGUUCGGUCUGAGCAGGAGGAAAGAUCCUCAGGUUUUGGAACCUUCAGCAACAGGAGAGAGUGAGUCAUCAUCCAGAGGUCUCUUUAAUAAUGAGAAGACGGGUGUUCGAGACAGAGAGAUGCCUCCUCCUGAUCAGCCCCACGUAGCCUUCCAGUCCCCCGUGUUGGAGUACAAUUCUGCCCUGGGCCUGGGGGGAGGAGCUCUGUCUCCCAACAUCCAGCCUGCUGGCCCCUCCUUCCCCAGAGCCAUGGACACUCCUAGAAUCCCUCUGCUCCCUCCACAUCCUCCAUCAACACUCAGUGAAGCCUACAGGAGUGCGUAUGGAGAGCCCCAUCACUACUACAGCAACAGGAACCUGCUUGACCCUAACAUGGCCUACUAUGGUCAUUUGUCUGUUCCCGGUGCCGGCCAUCCUGUGUCCUACUGGAAUGUACCACCGGGGGGAGCUGUCCCAAUCCAGUUUGGCAACCACAGCCCUCACAGCCAGCACAGUGGAAGCAGCUUCCCUGAGCCUCCAAUACAGCCUAGCAGUGAGGCUGCUACUGCGGACUCAAGUACUGGACUUUUCCCUCCAGAGAGAUCCAGAUCAACCAGGGAGAAGAUUUACAGAGAGGCUCUGAAACAACAGAUUCAGGAGCAACAAGAACGGAGGCGUCUGGAGAUUGAAGAGCAGGAGCGCUACGAGGCUCAGCUGGAGGCCGACAUGAAGAACCACCAACCGUGGGGUCGAGGCGGAGGAGGGGCCCCGCUCAGAGACAGCACAGGAAAUCUAAUCGCUGAUCUCAAUCAGAUGCACAAGCUGAACGAGGAGGCCUACAGCAACCCGGAGCAGUGGCAGAGGAGAACCACAGCGGCGGUGACAGCCCGCCGGACAGAGCACCCUGACCCCAACGAAAGAGUCUCUGGUUUCACUCAUGUCCAGACGCCUCAGUUUGCCAGAAGCAACGUGUUUGCUAACCAGCCCAGCCUGCAGCAGCUCCAGGAGCAAGACAAGUACAAAAGUUACCUCAAACAGCAGAUUGAGGAGAAACUGCGUAAGAAGGCAGAAGAGAGGGAACGGACCAGACUGGAGGAAGAAAGGGAGGAGAAGAGACUGGAGGAGCAGAGGGCUCGCAUUCAGAGGGAGUACGAGGAAGAACAAGAGAGAAAGAAACGGAAAGAAAUGGAGCAAAAAGCCAAGAACGAGGAGCUGAUUCAGCUGGCUGAACAGCGUAAGAGGGAAGCGGAGAGGAAGAAGAAGGAAGAGGAAGAGAAGGAGAGUGCGGUGCUGAGGAUGCAGUAUGAGAGGGAGAGGCAGGCUCGGGUGGAGGAGGUCCACAGGGAGCCCUCCCCUCCAAUCCCCACCCUCCAAAAGAAACACGGGCUACACCGAUUCACUCCGAGACCUCCCAGUAUAGAGAGCCGUCAUUCUACUGCACCCCUUUCUGAGCGUUCUUUGUCUGGACUCCAGUCCCCUCCUGUCCCUGCUUGUAUGAAUCAGCUCCGAGCUGCAGGAGACCAGCGGGACGUGUUCAACGAGCUGUCAGCGUUGCGUCGGCAGCUUCGCAGUGAACAAAGACGUCUGGAGGGUAGACUGCAGCAAGGCGACUGGGAGGAAUUAGACUCUCCUCUGAGUGAAAGACAUCAGGAUCGUCCCCCGGUGGAUGUGUUUGAUUUGGCAAGGCUGCGGCUCCAGGCUCCGGUUCGAAGGCCCAACUCCAGAAACGCACAGCCCAGAAACCUGCUGCGAAUCCACGACUCUCUUCAGCUCAAAUAUACAGACGGUGAAUCCAGGCUGGACUCCAGUGAGGUUCCUAAGCUGGAGGAUGUGGGUGUGGUCAGCAGGAGGAGGCGGGACUACAGGGAUCCGUAUCACCAACUCAGCAGCCAGAGGUCCACAGUACAGGAUGAUUAUUCUGACCUGUCCCCACCACAUCCAAAUGAUUAUAUGAGGAGUGUGAUGGGAGGAUCUGCCAGAGGUUCUCUGCUUGAGUCAGAGAGCGCUUUCAUUGAUCCUCUCGGCGAUGCCUUUCCAGUGCCGCGCACCCCAGAGCAUGAGAAGAUCCCCCAGCUGUCAGCCAGAGAGAGGAGGAGGAUGGCAAAACAGUCACAGUGCCCACAGGAACGAGCUGCUUCCAGCCAGCUCAUUGGUCAAUUAGGAGACUAUUCCACCCACACAGGUAACAGACUGCAGCACAACGUAGAGCACAGCGGGGAGGGGAGGAACCGGGACAGGACAGGUCGCCUGAUGGCCCUCAUUCGUCGUGGCAACACAGCUGGACCAGUGGAUGUGUCUGAUGAUGACUCCUCACCUCCCCACUUUUCUCCCUACAAUCGAAACCAUCGAAGCUCUGUAGAAACUGUCACCAGCGAUCCCUGGAUGCGGCCAGAAACAUCGGACACACUCAAGUGCUUAGAGCGACCACUGAGGCGGGAGCGGGUGACAACGUAGGACCCCGGAUGUCUUCCACUUCAAUAUUAAUCCAGAAUACACCCCUCUGUCUUUGAAUUAUGAGAUCACAGUUGUUUUUAACUCACUGAUUAUGUGAAGGAUGGAUAUGUCAGUAUGAAUGUUGGAUACCAGUUUGUAUUUACUUUUUUUUUCAUUGUUUACAUCAUCAAUGAACCUCAAUGUCUGAUCUCACAGUGAGUUCUUGUUUAUGUGUAUUUACUAUUUUAUUAAUGACUAAAUUAUGUUU